AUGGAGGUGUUCUCCACCAAACCUAUUGGUAUCAUGGUUUGGCCUAGGUUUGGAAAGAUACCUCAUACCAUACUUGAUUUCCUCUUCAGAAUUUCAAAAUUUAAGCAGCUUGCUUUUAAAAUCACUUUGAUGGAAAUAUUAUACAACUAUCCACCGAAUCCUGCGGUUGGAACCUCAAACAAUAGCGAAAAUAGUCGUUCUGACCAGGAAUCAGCUACAAUGUCGGCUAAAGUACAAGAUAUGUCCGUGGCCCAACUGAGAAAUUUCAGUUGUAGUGGUCCAAGUAUGCUCCCUAGUCUCCCGAAUGGCCAUCUCCCUACCAUCACUAAUCAAUGUAGUGCAUUUGGAAACGUGUCGACAGAAAAUUAUCUCAAUCAUUCGUCACCGCGUAUAUCACCCUAUCUCUUGGGAAUGCUUCAGUGUCGGCCAGUAUCUUUACCUCUUACAAGAAAAGUUGUAAAAGAAGGAUGGCUUAUGAAACGUGGUGAACAUAUUAAAAACUGGAGACGUCGAUAUUUCAAGCUGCGAGAAGAUGGAACAUUUUACGGUUAUAAAAGUCAGCCUAAAGAUGAUAUGGCACAACCGUUAAACAAUUUUACUGUCCGUGGUUGCCAAAUUAUAUGCCUGAAUAAACCCAAACCUUACACCUUUCUUAUUCGUGGUUUGCAAUGGACUAAUGUAGUAGAGCGAUUAUUCUUUGUUGAAACAGAAGCAGAACGCAAUGAUUGGCUUGGUGCGAUUCAAAGUGUAGCUAACAGGCUGAGAUCCUCAUGUGAAAUGCCAAUAUCUGUGCAUAGUGUGGACUUAUCCGACAAUGUUGUUGUUGAUAUUCCCCAAAGACCUGUGAAGCGUUAUUCUGUCAAUGACUUUCGACUUCUAAAAGUUUUGGGUAAAGGUACAUUUGGAAAGGUGAUUCUAUGCCAAGAAAAUGAAACAGGUCAUUUUUAUGCGAUGAAAAUACUAAAGAAAUCUGUACUGAUUGAAAAAGAAGAGGUUGUUCAUACAAUGACAGAAAACCGAGUAUUACAACAAUGCAAACAUCCAUUUAUGACUGCGCUGCGUUAUUCAUUUACUACACCGAAUUGUUUGUGCUUUGUCAUGGAAUAUGUGAAUGGUGGUGAAUUAUUUUUCCACUUGCAAAGGGAUCGUAUCUUUUCAGAAGAAAGAGCCAAAUUCUACGGGGCUGAGAUUACACUUGCACUGGGUUAUUUACACAAUCAGAAUGUUGUCUAUAGGGACCUUAAAUUAGAAAAUCUAUUAUUGGAUAAAGAUGGACACAUAAAAAUAGCUGACUUUGGUUUAUGCAAAGAAGACAUGUACUAUGGUGCAUCUACAAAGACGUUUUGUGGUACUCCUGAAUAUUUAGCGCCUGAAGUUCUGUUGGAUAGUGAUUAUGGGCGUUCAGUCGAUUGGUGGGGUCUUGGUGUUGUAAUGUAUGAGAUGAUGUGUGGACGCUUACCCUUUUAUUCUAGUGAUCAUGAGGUUUUAUUUGAGCUGAUUCUUCAAGAAAAUGUCUCAUUCCCACCACAUCUUACACAACCAGCACAAGAUAUUCUGUCCAGACUAUUGAUUAAAGAUCCUACCAGUCGUUUAGGUGGCGGAACACAAGAUGUUCUAGAAGUUAUGGCACAUCUGUUUUUCGCGUCAAUUGAUUGGGAUCGUUUAAUCAGAAAAGAUAUUCAGCCACCAUGGAAACCAGAUGUUAUGGAUGAAAAAGAUACUAAAUACGUUCCAGAUGAAUUUAAAGAUGCAUCAGUAGAUCUUACACCACCAGAUGAUGAGGAUAGUAGAAGUCAAAUUGUCGAUGGGCCAUAUUUUGAACAAUUUAGUUUUCAUGGUAGCCGACAAAGUUUGAAUAGUAGAGUUAGUGGUUAUAGUUUCGGUGAGGUAUCUUGA